GAAGCUUUAGUCGUUGUUGUGGCUGUUUUUCAAGAGAUUACACUCAAAAAUAUGAAGAAAAUCGAUAGGAUGAAUCGCAAUAUCUUGCGAUGCUGUUGUCUUGAGUUUAUAAUUUGAGUGUUGUGAAUUUACUUCCUUUAUUAUCCGUAAGAACUCGUGUUCACUGGCAAAGUUCUUCAACAUGCCGUGGUUCUUGGAAAUGUAACAAAUGAAGGCCGGUCGCAGUUGGUGGUUGGCAACAUUUCUGGCGACCUUGCAAUCUUUAAGGGUUGUAACUCAGAAGCUUGGCGAAAGUAUCAGGGUUUAGGAAUGGUGUCAUGUAUUGUGAUUGGAGACUUAUGCAACAUUGGUAAAAAUGUGGUGUUCAUUCUGACAUCGGAAGGAUGGUGUCACCUAAUGUGUUUCAAUAAAAACAAUGAUGAAGAUGUCAGUCAGGAAAUUAUGAAGAUUACAUAUCCACAUAUCAUCAACUUUUCCCAACAAAUGGUAAAAUGGCUCAAGUAGGAGACGUAGAUGGUGAUGGUGUAGUUGAAUUAGUUGUUGUUUCUACUGAUCGUGUUGUGAGAGUAUUUAAAUGGGUUGAUGAACCAGAUUCAAAAGCAGAAGAAAAACCACUCUUUAUGAGGCAAAGUUCUAAAACAUCUACUUAUGAGAAUAGUAGAGUGGAUUAUGAUUCAUCAAGCUAUUCAACAAUUUCCUUUAAUGGAAAGUUUGUGUGCGUGAAAAGGUGGAAAUUGACAGGACAAAUAGAUUCGUUGUCCUUAAUCAAAGCAUGUGGUACAACAACCCCAGCAAUUCUUAUAUCACAACCAGGAGAGGCAUAUAUACAUCUAUAUUGCAAAGAGCAAUCCAUUAAGGAAAAUCUUCAGAAACAAGCAAAAAAGUUGUCAGAAAAGAGCUCGGUCAUAUCAUUUACUGAUUGCCAUUCAAGUGGUGAGAGUACUAGAGUACAUUAUCCAAGACGUCGACGGACUGAGACCUCAGGAAUACCUACGUAUGCAAUCUACUGGUUUAGCGAACAUCAAAAGAAUAAAUCACCAACAAAUUAUAUAGCAAUAUGUACAUUGAAUGGUUUGAUGUCUGUUGUGCAAGAUGAAAAAAUACAUUUUGCAACAAAUUUGAUGGAGAAUAUAUUUACCAUUCAAAAAUUAAACGUAACUGAUGAUGAAAAUGAUGAGCUGAUUUUCUGUUCCUGUGAUGGAGAAACUUUUAUCAUUGACAAAUAUAACAACAUCAUUAAUUUCAAGUUAGGAAAAGAUAUUUCAGCAUUUUGUGCAGGUUACUAUUCCAUUGGUGUAAAAGAAGAACAUACUCCAUGUUUCUUAUAUGUUACCUUUGAUAACCGUUUACUUCUCUACACAAAUGUUCGACUUGGCAAUUUGGAUUCACGCAAUUUUAAUGAUAUGGUGGUCUGUAAAUUGGAUGCUUUUCACAUGGAUCCACAGUUGAGACAUUUCAUUGAAGGCAAUGACGGAUCUUUGGACAAUCAGAAAAUAAAACAGCUCACAUCUUGGUGUUUAUAUUCAUCUAAUGCUGAAAGAAAACAAGACAAUGGGUUGAAUUCAAGUUGUGACAACACAUUAGGUUAUAAUUUAGAUGACAAUAAACAUUAGGCAUUUUAAAAACUAAGAUACUUGUUAGGAAAUGUGCAAAAUAAUACAGAAAGUUGCAAUUGAGGUCCUUCUUUUUGCAUCAUAAACAUUUGUAUUUAAUAUUUAUGUUAUAUUUAAUGUUGAAUGAUAUACAUAUAAAGUACAAAA